GCAAAAUAACCGAAACCCCACAUCUGAAGACCGAGGCUUGAGAGCAUACCAGCAUUUUUAGACAAGAGACUGCUCUAUCGCGCAUGGUCGUCGACAUGGCCUGUGUACCACCUCCGACUGGCACGAGCCACAUCCACCAACUCCUCCAGCCGAGCGGGGAGAAGUGGCGUGGGAAGUCGGCCUCUCUUUCUAUCGCAGAGAUGCGAAUCGCAGGAUAUUUGUGUGAGAUCUUUUGCGUCCGCGCCGGGGCAAGGAGAAGAGCCCACAGGCUGAACGAGUACUCGCGCCUUCACGACCAAUUCCCCUCCACCCACGCGGGAAACUUUGCGGGCGACGUGGUGCGCCAGGGCAGCGAGGGGACCGGGCUGGGCCAAUAUCAGCUGAGCCCGACCAGGGACGCUGCCGGGACAACGCCGGUUGAGCGGCCCAUUCAUGCGAUGCAGGCGACGCUCGGCAGCGUCGGCGCCGUCAAGACCGCGCAGGAGCCGGGUGCACAUACGUGCAGCAUGGGUGCGAAUAUCAGCAAACAAAAGGUACUAGUCCUCAGCGGCGCCGGCGGGGUCGAGAGGAAGAGGCGUUUCGCCACCGACACGGAAGAAUCCCUCGUGCACAGCGGCCAAGCGCUCGAAGUCGCCAAGGUCACCCUCCAUGGGAACAAAUGUAGCAGUGUUGGUUCACGCAGGGUCAUCAAAUCCUGA